AUGCCGAAAGUCCGUCGCAGUCGUAAAUCGCCACCAGAGGGUUGGGAAUUAAUAGAGCCUACCCUUGAAGAAUUAGAACAGAAAAUGCGAGAAGCUGAGACAGAACCACAUGAAGGAAAAAGGAAACAGGAAUCUUUAUGGCCAAUAUUUAAAAUACACCACCAAAAGUCGAGAUACAUAUAUGACCUUUUUUAUAGGCGGAAGGCCAUCAGCAGGGAACUCUAUCAGUAUUGCCUUGAUGAAAAGAUAGCAGAUGCCAAUUUGAUUGCUAAAUGGAAGAAGACAGGCUAUGAGAAUCUAUGCUGUUUACGUUGUAUACAAACAAGAGACACAAACUUUGCAACAAAUUGUAUCUGUAGGGUUCCUAAGAGCAAGUUGGAGGAAGGAAGAAUAGUAGAAUGUGUGCACUGUGGCUGCAGAGGAUGUUCUGGA